AAAAUUUACAAGGCUCUAACGCCUCUAAGCCUGUCAUAACAGCGCUAGUUGUAGAAGUCACGGAACUAUUGAACGAAAUUACAAUGGCUAAAGUUCAACAAGGUAAUGGGCUACAGUCUGGCGUUUCAAAGAGUCUUCGGGGUACCACAGAAAGUUUGGCCGACCAGGAGAGUAAUUCAUUCGGCUCCGACAACGAAGUUAACGGAUUUGCCAAGACCGAGAGUCAGACAGACAAAUACGGAUUCAUCGGAGGGGCACAGCAGCACACUGGAGAAUCAGCGGAUGACGUUCCUCCUGAGGUGCUGCGACAGAGAGAGGUCAAAUGGCUGGAAAUGCUGAACAGCUGGGACAAAUGGAUAGCCAAGAGACACAAGAAGGUAAAGUUGCGUUGUCAGAAGGGGAUUCCUCCAUCGUUGAGGGGUCGUGCCUGGCUCUACUUGUCCGGGGGAAAGGUCAAGAGAGAACAGAACCAGGGCAAGUUCCAGGAGUUGGACAGUCAGGCAGGAGACCCUAAAUGGCUGGAUGUGAUAGAGAAGGACCUGCACAGACAGUUUCCCUUCCACGAGAUGUUUGUGGCAAGAGGAGGCCAUGGACAGCAGGACCUGUACCGUGUGCUGAAGGCCUACACUCUACACAGACCUGAGGAGGGUUACUGUCAGGCUCAGGCCCCCAUCGCCGCUGUGCUGCUUAUGCACAUGCCUGCCGAGGAUGCGUUUUGGUGUCUGGUCCAAAUCUGUGAGAAAUACCUGCCGGGUUACUACAGCGCCGGACUGGAAGCCAUUCAGUUAGACGGAGAGAUUCUGUUUGCUCUGCUGAAGCGUGUGUCUCCAGCGGCACAUCGACAUCUGAAGAAACACAAGAUCGACCCCAUUCUGUACAUGACCGAGUGGUUUAUGUGCGCCUUCUCCAGAACCCUGCCCUGGGCCUCCGUCCUCCGCGUCUGGGACAUGUUUCUCUGUGAAGGCGUGAAGAUCAUUUUCCGCGUGGGUCUGGUGCUGUUGAAGUGUAUGCUGGGUUCUCAGGAGAAGCUGAAAACCUGUCAGGGUCAGUAUGAGACCAUGGAGCGCCUCAGGGCCGUGGAACCGCAGUAUAUGCAGGAGGGAUUCCUCAUACACGAGAUUAUAGAGCUGCCGGUGACAGAGCGGGACAUAGAGAAGGAGCACCACGCCCAGCUCCGCCGCUGGAAGGAGACGCGGGGGGAACUGCACUGCAAAUCCCCUCCCAGGAUGCACGGCGCCCGGGCCAUCAUGGAGGCGGAGCCGCCCAGCCGCCGGGACCUGCAGCAGAACCCCACGAUCAUCGUGGAGUCGCCCCCGGCGACCAGGAGCGACGAGGGGAUCCAGGACGAGACGGACAAGGGCCGGACGAGGAGGACCAAAACGGAGAAGAGCAAGGAGAAGAGGAAGAGCGGCUCGACGGAGGUACUGACGAAUCCCUACGCUCCGCCCAGCGACCCUCAGCCGCCGCCCCAUGAUGCGCCCCUGCUCAAAGACACGCCCCUCCAAGGCUCCAAUCAGAGCCUGAGCAGCGCUGAGCAGGACACCUACCUGUAGACACUGCCCUCUAGUGGUAUGAGAGGGACAGUGCGACUGUAACUGAGACUCUGCAUGUGUGUGUGUGUGUGUGUGUGUGCUGUUAGUCAAAACAUGCGUAUAGACACGUGCUGAUUGUACAGAGUGACCAUAGAAUGUGCACUGAUGGACUGUGUCUGACCGUCACGAGUCUGUCAGUUAAAAAAAAAUGACACUCCACACCAGGGCUGACUCGGCCUAUUCUCAGGACACCGCAUUGGGAGAGGAACCUGUGGUGAAUUACAGAACUACAAUUCCCACAGUACUUUGGGAGCAUUUCAGUGGAAUGGGUGGAAUCUUACAUGGGAGAAAAGAUUUUUUCUAGAGUCUGCGUGUGCUACAGAGAAACGUCUGUAGGUGGCUAAUCAAGGUGCUUCAGGUGUUUCAGUGUUACCUACACGCUUACACACACACACACACACACGCACCUGUGCUGUUGGGACACUCCGCUGUCCUGGACUCUUUCAUCUCAACACAGGCUCACAUUGCAUCGUUCGGUGAACAACAACUCAAGAGUGAAUGAAGAGACACUUCCCCACCCCCCCUCACCCAGUCAGCCUUGUCCUUCCACUUUGGUCUGCAGGCUGACCCUCUCAGGACAUCCCAGCAUGCUCUGCUCUCCUUCAGCCAG